GUCGGUGAGAGUUUUAUUCGGUCUCGCGAUUGAAGUGAAACGUCACAGGAAAAGAAAGGAAAAGUCUGUAUUUGGAAGUGAAAUUGGCCAUCUAUUUGCGAAAAAUCAAGGGCUGAGCAUUAUGAUAACCAGUGCGCUGGCCACCUCUCUUCUCGACAACUGCACUUCAUCUUGCUCUGUUAUCCGGUAUUCUGACCGUGAACUAGUCGACUAAAUUUGACUGCGCACCUCUUGGGAUCCAGGGAAUUCCUGGAACUGCAAUGUCCACCAUGGCAACAGUGGCUGGCGAUGAGGAGAGCGACGAGGAAUCUUCUUCCUCCUGUCACACCAACGAGACUCUUCUGGAGGAGUUCAGAACAACGUGGCAGAAGGAGUUGCAGCAAUCGCAGGCUGCUCUUGUGGGCCUCAACCUGAACAAGGAGAGCGAAGAGUCUGAAGCGGAGCGAUUGUUCCUCCAGGGCACUGAAUAUGAGCGGAUUGGGAAGGUCUUCGAGGCGAUUCAUCACUAUCGACGGGCUGUGCAGCUCGUGCCAGACAUAGAGUUUCGCGUGAGACCUCUCCUGGCUCAGCAAGAGGAUGAAGUGCCAUCCGAAGCAGGUGUUACUCAUCAGGAGAGCGAAGAACUGCCAGAAAGUCCAGCUGAGGAGGAGGAUUUGUCCAAUGUAGAUUUAACUCUGCGUUUUCAGAAUGCUCUGGGACGCUGUGGAAAGGUCUGCGAACGUGUAGCAGAUGAGAAAGUCCUCCAAACUUGUGCCCAUCUUUCGGAUUUGCCAAUUGAAAUCAUCUUGUACAUCUUCAAGUGGGUAAUUUCCCGAGAUCUUGACGUGCGAAUGCUGGAGCAGCUGUCUGUGGUGUGCCGCGGUUUUUACAUCUGCGCCCGGGAUCCGGAAUUGUGGCGCCUGGCGUGCUCUAGAAUUUGGGGCGUGAGUGUGGGCUCGCCAAAGGGCAUGGGUUACAUCUCAUGGCGCGAGAUGUACCAGGAGCGCCACCGGGUGAACUUCCACGGGUGCUACAUAAGCAAGACUAGCUACUUGCGAUACGGCGAGAACAGCUUCCAGGACCAGUUCUACCGCCCGGUGCAUCUGAUUGAGUACUACAGGUACAUAAGAUUCUUCCCUGAGGGUCGAGUUUUGAUGCUAACAACUCCGGACGAGCCGAUUAAUUGCGUGGGGAAGCUGAAGAGUCGCACACCGCAGAAGAAGGAAGUCCUGGCUGGUGAGUAUGAACUUCAUGGCGAGACAGUGAUGAUAGUCUUGAAGAGAUCUGGCCAGAGGAGGCAGAAAAUCCAAUCAAAGAGACAUCCCAACUUUUACGUCGACAAUGAUGCCAACACGUUCUAUCUGGAGAUGAGGAUCCUCACGACAGCCAAGAGAAGAUUCUGCCAGCUGGAGUGGAAACAAUACUCUGUCAUCCAAUUCAGGAACAAGACCGAGUUCACGACUGAUUUCGAGUUGCUUCCCAAUCAGUAUCCUCCGCUGCGGUUCUCCAGAGUCAAAAGCUACCAUUCGGAGUCCGAUGCUCCCCUCUAGAGACACCGUAACAACUGGUGCUGAAAUCUAAACACCAUUAGAUUUAAAAAAUAAAUCAUAUUACAGGAGAACGAGUAAAACUCCCUUAUAUCCUGAUGUCCCAAAUGUGGUAGAGUAGACAAAUAUAAUGUAACUCAAAGAAAU